GACUGCUGCCACUUCCAGGUCUUCUUCCUGCUUCCUCCUCUCAACUGCUCCUCCCCGUCUCCACUCCACUAGUCCCCUGCUACUCCCCUAACCCCCUGAGCAACUGCUCGAGUCCCCUCCCAAUCUAGUCCCCAAAUCCAGAUCUCCUUACUCAGAUCCUUUCUCAAAUCAAGCAGUCGCAAGUGAGUAAAAGUGGAUCUGCAGGCUGUAGCUGCAAAUUCGUGAGGGGUGGCGAUUUAGUCUUCAAGUUGCAAGCUGGGAGCAACGAUUCGAAAAGCUACUGUAACAGAUUGCGUUCACUGACACUGCGAAACAAGCGAGCUGGAUCUAAGCUGCUGCUAGCGAAGAAAAAAUCCAGGUUCCACCACCGGAUCCCCGUCAAUAGCGUAGAUUGACGACGCAAAUUUAGCUGUUCGCUGUCAGUUCAGUGGACGACCUGACCUCCACGUAGAAUUGACAGGGCGAGCACACAGCCCAUGGAGGGUGCUCUGGUGAGUGUGGCGACGGGGACCCUGAAACCCGUCCUGGGGAAGCUGGCUUCUCUGAUGGGCGACGAGUACAAGCGUCUCAAGGGGGUGCGCGGCGAGAUCAAGUUUCUGACCAAUGAGCUUACUGCCAUGCAUGCCUUUCUCCUGAAGAUGUCAGAGGAGGAGGAUCCUGAUGUACAGGAUAAAGUUUGGAUGAAUGAGGUGCGCGAGCUGUCCUACGGCAUGGAGGACUCCAUCGAUGACUUCAUGAAACAUGUAGAUGACAAUGACACAAAGCCAAGCAGCUUCAUGGAGAAGAUCAAGAACUUGUUGGGGAAGAUGAAGACUCGCCAUCGGAUUGCAAACGAGAUCCUAGAUUUGAAGAAACGUAUUAUCGAGGUGGGUGAGAGGACUGCAAGGUACAAAACUCGUGAUGCCUUCUCCAAAACCGUCAAUGUGACCGUUGACCCUAGAGCUCUUGCUAUCUUUGAGCAUGCCUCAAUGCUCGUUGGAAUGGAUGAACCGAAGGCAGAGCUAAUCAAACUCUUGACUGAAGAGGAUGGAUGUGCAUCGACACAACAUCAACAAGUGAAGAUGGUCUCUGUCGUUGGAUCUGGAGGAAUGGGCAAGACAACUCUUGCAAACCAAGUGUAUCAAGAGCUCAAAGGCAAACUCAAGUGUCGGGCUUUCGUGUCAGUGUCACGAAAUCCAGACAUCAUUAAUAUUCUAAGAACUAUUCUUGGUGAAGUUACCGGGCAACUUUAUACUGAUACAGAAGGAGGGAGUGUACAACAACUCCUCGCCAAUAUCUCCAACUUCCUUGUAGACAACAGCUACUUUAUUGUUGUUGACGAUAUAUGGAAGAAGGAAACAUGGGAUGUUAUUAAGUACGCAUUCCCCAUGGCCAGUUGUGGCAUAAUAAUCACCACUACUCGUGUGAAAGAUGUCGCUAAUUCAUGUCAAGCAUCAUUCGGUGGCCAUAUUUAUAAUAUAAGGCCUCUUGAUAUUGUUCAUUCAAGACAGUUAUUUCACGGAAGACUAUUUAACUCCAAAGAAAAUUGCCCUCCACACCUUAAAGAAGUUUCUGAUCAAAUCUUGAAAAAAUGUGAUGGGUUACCUUUGGCGAUCAUCGCUAUAUCUGGUUUGUUGGCUAACACGGAAAGAAGAGAGGGCCUAUGGAACCAAGUGAAAGAUUCAAUUGGCUGUGCACUUGAAAGAAAUUCUAGCAUUGAAGGAAUGAUGAAGAUAUUGUCACUUAGUUAUUUUGAUCUGCCUCCACAUCUGAAGACGUGUCUCUUAUAUGUGAGUAUAUUUCCGGAGGAUUCUUUUAUUGAGAAGAAUGAUAUCAUAAGUAGGUGGAUAGGUGAAGAAUUCAUUCACAAAGAAGGCAGAUAUACAUCACAUGAGAUAGGAGAAAGGUGUUUUAAUGAGCUCCUUAAUAGGGGUUUGAUUCAACCGGGGAAGACAAAUGAAUAUGGUGAGCUAGAGAGUUGCCAAGUUCAUGACACAAUUCUUGAUUUCAUCAUAUCCAAGUCCAUAGAAGAGAACUUUGUUACUUUACUAGGUGUUCCCAUUCUGACAAUUGGGACACAAAGCAAAGUCGUUCGUCGACUCGUUCUACAAGGAGUUAAUCAAGGAAAUUCAACAAUACAGCCAGCAGGUUUGGUGUUGUCCCAUGUACGAUCACUGAGUGUGUUUGGAGGUUUUGUGGAAAUCCCUUCUCUGGAGGAAUUCAAACAUCUGCGUGUUCUCAACUUGAGCCAUUACCAAUCAUUGGAAGAGCGUCAUCUUGAAAAUAUAGUGAGGUUGCCCCAGCUAAGGUACCUGAACGUCAAAAAUACAGAAAUAAGGAAGCUCCCAAAACAAAUCGGGCGUUUAAGUUGCCUAGAGUUGCUGGACCUAAGACACACUUGUGUAGAGGAAUUACCAGCAUCUGUUGUUAAUCUCAAAAAAUUGACCCAUCUUCUUGUUGACUAUGGUGUUAAAUUUCCUGAUGGAAUUGAAGAGAUGCAAGCAUUGGAGACAUUGAAAGAGGUCAGGUUCUCUAGGCAACCAUUUGGCUUCCUGUCCGGCCUUGGCCAACUAAAGAAUUUGAGGAAUCUGGUUCUUUUCUUUGGUUUCGAAGAGUAUUCUGACACUAAGGAUACAAAUAUGGUUGAAGGGGAGUGCAUCAAAUCUAUCAUCUCUUCCCUGUGUAAACUAGGCACCCAGGACCUUCGCUCUCUAACUAUUUGGGAUUGGAGCAGCCUCUUACAAGGACCUUUGUGCCCACUUACCCUCGAUAAACUUAUUAACUUCUCUUUAGGCACCCCACAGGUUCCGAAAUGGGUGAGCUCCCUCAGAAACCUCCAGGAGAUACACCUUCUAGUGGAUGAAGUCAAGCAGGAUGAUCUCUGCAUCCUUGGGGCCUUACCCACUCUGCUCAUUCUGCAUCUGGAGGAAGAAACAAUGUCAAACAAAAAAUUCAGAAUCAGUGGUGAAGUUGGGUUCCAAUUCUUGAGGAUUUUUAUUUACGAGGCAAAUCCUCACCUGGUAGAUCUGAUGUUUGCAGCAGGAUCCAUGCCCAAGCUAGAAAAACUCGUGCUUUCUUUCCGCAUAGUAGCUGGCUCUCUGGACUUUGGAAUCAAGAACCUCCCCUGCCUCAAUACGGUCAAAUGUAGUACAAAUGCCGACGAUGGCAUUUUUAGAGCCAUACAGACUGCCAUGGAGAGAGCAGCCAGCACACACCCCAAUCACCCUAGUUUACUCUUUUGGAAAGAUGUCAGAUUUUAUUUGUCUGGAAGGCCCAGCUUUGAUUAAACAAGCCUAAGAACCAGGAACGGGGGAGUUGCCUAUCCUCAUCCGGCCAGCCGAUUAUCAUGUUUAAGAGUAUUCAGCUCCAUACUUCUCUCCUUUAUGAUAUGCCAGCACACUUUACUCUCUCUGUUGGAUAAUGUAUUAUCUAUGACAUGCAUGUUUUUCAUAUUUUACAUAUGGCGACAUGUGGAGUCCGUGUGAUACAAUAUUGUUGAAUUCAUGCUUGAAUAAAGCAUUUUCAUGUGGUUGUGAUUCCCUGAGUAUGAACAAAGCUUUCUACAGGAAGUUUAUGGUAAAAGCUCAACUUGGAAAAAUAUGGACACGCCUUGCAUGAUUCAGCUGAUGGAGUGUUGUCUUGUCUUAACAAAAGUUACUACUAGCUUAUUAAGCUGUUGUUUCUCCUUGAUUGGCUCCUUUUUUUUCCCAUCACAUUUAUGCAGUAAAAUGUUAUGCUACUAGACGAAACUAGUAGAGUGCCCGUGCGUUGCCACGUGCUCUUAAAAAAGUUACAAGAGUUACAUGUUAAAUUGGUCUUACACCAUGCUACGGGCUACAAUGCAUAUAGAUAAAUUAAAUAAAUGAUUAAGGUCAUCUUCAAAAUCGAAGCUCAUUUCUCCCUCAUAUGUCCGGGCAUUUUUGAGAUCAAACAGGUGGAUCAGUAGCUUCAACUUUUGUGCAAAGCAUAAUAAAUAUCUUUUUCGUCAGUAGCAAUCAGUAGUUAAGGCUUCACGACAAUUGAUGAGCUCCCUCCCUCACUCUCUCCUUUACCAGUAAAAACGAAUAGAAGCAGAAACAACACCGUUGAGUGAAGAAUCCCAUCUUGUCUCUCUCUUACUCUUUUUUUGCCAAACAUCUCUCAGCCACUGGGAUCUCUUUGUCAUUCCCUGCUCUAUGUAUUUAAAAAUAAGAAUAUCUGAUAUCUUCAUCAGUAAAUAAAUAGUA